ACAAACGAAAAGAUGUUGGCAUACAUAGCAAAAUGGUGUUUUAUGGCUUCUGAGAGCAUUCAUUCAGUCUUUCAGUAUGAGGUGCUUCUAUUUUCGUCUUGGAGUUUGACCUUAAGGAAGUAACGUUCUGAAAAUAUGAUUACCAGACAAGGUCAAUAUAAUAAUAGCGGACUUGAACCCUACUGAUAAGAAGAGGAAGAGUAAGAGAGAAAUAGACGACACAUAUAUUUAUGUCCUUUAAAGUGUGCGAGUAGCUAUUCCUCCACAUUAUUUUCAUUUUAUUUUGAGAUGUUUUUAACCUAUGCCUUAUUCACGACAUAUCCCUCAUUUUGCCGCCCCUUCCGAGCGGCGACGAUUCAUUUGAAUGCAAAUUUUGGUAUGGGAUCAUUUUCUUUGGCCAGUACAUAUUGGCCAAAGUCGAUGAUAAAGUAUGUCUUAGGAAAAUGCAGGGAAAACGACUUUUAUUUCAUGAUAUCUUCUUCUUGACGGAUGACCUUUAAAAUACAAUUUUGCUAUAAUAUUGUUUACUAAGUCUUUUUUUAUCAUCUUCAGAGCGUAAAAGCACUGUAAAGAGGGAUACCAAUACCAUCAAUCGCCAUUUUACGUCUUUCAAAACUUCAACUCGGCUAGUCUCUAUUAAAUGGGUGAUAUGAUUUUCAUUUCUAUAGUAGUGUAUUUAUAAGUACUCUAUAACCCAACGUUCCUUUCCAUUUUUUCUUUUGAGGACUUUAGAACAACUAUAAUUCUAUGUUUCUAUUGUAUUGGCGAUAUAGUUUUCAUCUGUAAAGUUUCAUCAGAUAAUAUUUUUGUUUUUAAAAAUUACCACUACGUUUAGGGUAUCGAAAAA